CAAAUUUAGAAAAACAAGAACGAAUCAGAGGCAUACACAUGACAAGCUGCAGACGACCCCUCUUCCCAAUCCUUGAAAAACCAACGGGUUGGGUGGUCUUCUUCUUCCUCCGAGCUCCACAGCAUCCCACUCUUCUUCUCCUUCCUCUCCACGCGGAAUUUUCCGAGGAAGAGAUCCACAAUCUAAAGAGCCUACCUAUCGCCAAGAAACCGAGAGUAAAAGCAGACACGUAUUGCUUCCAUCUGCGUGAGAAGAGAAUAGAAGAUGAUCCCGUUUAUAGAGCAGAGGAGUUCCGAGUUGAUCUAGCUGCGCCAGCCCUCGAGCACAAGCCCAUCGACGGCGACGAUGGAAGCGCGCGGCGGCACGCCGAGGACCGAGUCCGACGCCGGCGGGAGCAGGGUGGAGUCCGAGCAGAGGAAGCUACGGCGCGUCGAGCUGCCCUCCUGGUCCUGCCCUCCCAACCGGCCUCCGGGCACCUGAGCUUGCCCGGUGUUCUUCUCGUCUUGUGCUUCCUCCUCUUUCGAUUUGUGUCCCUACUCCUACGGUUCGUGAACAGUCCUUGAGGGAACAAGCUACGGUCCUUGUGUUCUGCUCCUUGUCGUGUCUGAUCCUGCCCUCCCGCGGCUCUGCUUUUCCUGUGAUCUCGUUGGAAGCUUUGCUCCCCAAGGGUCUCGCUCUCGCCAUUUCUGAGGCGAUUGACCUUGGGAGAAGGUCUUCGGCUUGCCUUGCCUGGACCACCGUGUUCUUGGGAACCAGGCCGUCGGUCGGUCCCGCCGUUGUUUCCUUCCUGUUGGCUUCCGUUGUCUGCGCUUGCGGCUGCUGCAGGUCAACAUAUUUCUUGGGAAACACAGGUGCUUGCCGCGCUUUGGAGCCUGCUCCUCCCUCGUCGCUGUCGCGAAGAUCUGCGACAUUCGGGACGACACGCACAGGCGUGAGCUCGGUUCUUGGCCCUGCUGCCUUGCCAACCGCAGUUGAGGAAACCAUAUUCUGGUCUGACCCCUGGCUCUGUCUGGCAUUUCAUUUUCACCUCCACGGUCUCUCUGUCGCUGCAGCUUCAUCCGGUACGCUCUCGAUCUUGCGUCCUUUGGCCUCGUGGGACGAUCGAGAUGAACUCCGGUCCGUUCAGCGGCGCGGUGGGGCUCUACGAUGGGUUUUACGGUGGUUUCGUCGGCGGGCAUGAACAUGAACAUGAACAUGAACAUGGCUUCAGCCAGCGGCUGGGAGCGUCGACGUCGGGGGAGCCGGGCGCGGCGGACGUGCAGAAGAGGAAGGGAGGAGGGCGGGAGGAGAAGGCGGCGACGGCCCUCAGGAGCCACAGCGAAGCGGAGCGGCGGCGGAGGGAGAGGAUCAACGCGCACCUCGCCACGCUCCGGAGCAUGGUCCCCUGCACCCACAAGAUGGACAAGGCGGCGCUGCUCGCGGAGGUGAUAAACCACGUGAAGAAGCUCAAGAGCGACGCGGCGCGGGUGGGCAAGCACUGCCCCGUCCCGUCCGGCGCCGACGAGGUCACCGUCGAGGUCGUCCAGCAAUCGCAAGCAUCCCCCCACCACUUGGUCGUCAAGGCGACGCUCAGCUGCGGCGACGGCUGCGCGGACCUCUUCGCCGACGUCAGGCGCGCGCUGCAGCCGCUCGCGCCGAGGGUCGUCGGCUCGGAGGUCACCACGCUGGGCGGGCGCGUCCGGAUCACCGUGGCCAUGUCGCGCGAGGGCGCCGUGACCGCGGCCUCGGUCCGCCAGGCGCUCGACUCGGUGCUCGACAAGGUCGCCAGCGCCGCCGCCGCCUUCGAGUUCUCCCCGAGGGACUCGCUCCUGGCCAGCAAACGCCGCCGGGUCUCGACGUUCGACUCCUCGAGCUCUUCUUCUUGAGACGGCCCGGCCAGCUUGGGAACGGACCGAGGACGAGGAGUAGCGCGCUUUGGUGCAUGCAUGCAUGCUGGAUUCAUCCGGCUUCCUCGCGCACAGAUUGUUCUGAGCCUGCGAUGCAAAGAUCGUACUACGACUUGACUUUUCAUCGGUCGUGGCUCGUGGAGGUACCAAAGCCAAAUGCCACGUGAACUGAACAUUGCUUACUACUCCCUCCGUUUUAAAAUAUAAGACAUUUUAGAGAUUACACUAGGAGACUACAUACGGAGCAAAAUGAGUGAAUCUACAUUCUAAAAUAUGUCUAUGUACAUCCGUAUGUAGUUCAUAGUGCAAUACAUAAAAGGUCUUAUAUUUAGAAACGGAGGGAGUAGUAGUCGGUGCGGUGCUUGGGGUGAUUGUCUUUAAUUUGUAUAAGGAUUGGCAUUUUUCAAGCUAUUCAGACUUUUGAGUGCGACUUACAGUAGCUA